CCAACAAACAGAAUAGAAUGCCCCAUCAUUUGAGGGCAUCAAUACAGAAUUCAAAUUAGGGUUUCCGUUGUUGCGGUUAGCAACUGCAAUGUAGACAACCGCGACGUCACGCAUCUGGAUGUGCCACGAAGACGACGACGGAUCCACAACUUUCAAGAUUGAAGGCAGCAGUGGGACAACGCGGUGAGAGAAUGUUCCAUUGCAUGUGUGAAUCGAAGGCUAGAGUCCCUUAAUCGAUUCGGCUGCAAUCUCCAAGAAAAAUGUAAUUGCCGAAGUUCGGAGUUUCCUGAUCCAAUUUCCUUCUCCACAGUUGGAUUAGGCGAAUUCUAUUGCAGACGUUAUCCUAAUGCUACACUGCCUUCGGUGGUGGCGCGCGUUCUGCAACAAGUACUUUUCAUAUGGCUGUAUGAUGCGAGGACCCUCUUCUUUCAGUUGAAAGAUUUUGAAGCAUGCCAGGCAUUUCUUUAGGUGAUCUCUUUCAUCUGGAAUGCCCGUAGAUUAGUCGUUAAAACCAACGAGAGCCAAGGGACAGAAAGUUGUGCAGAUACACAAGAUGCCUGGUUGCGUCGAAUUCUAAGAAGUACAAUUGAGCAUGGACCCCUGGACAAACUCUACUCAAACGUCCAAUGUCCAUAAUGUUUCUUUCAUAAUGAGUCUUGACUCACAAUUCGACUGAUUUGCAUGAAGAUGCAUGGAGAUAGUGGAACUUCGCGGAGAUCCGUCGCGUAAAGUUCAAUUAGUCACUUCGUCUGCCACCUCGCCUGACGGCCAACUCCCUAACUGACCAAUCUACAGAUUCACAGCGAACUAUUCCGGGACUAGAACCGCCGGUUCCUUAAGUAGCUUGCGAAUGUAUGAGGAAUGCAAUGUCAUGCAUCUCAGCUAAAUCAUGCGGCGUUGCGCAGGUGGGUUGCUGGAACCCAGGGUUGGAACUCAAAGUGGGUCUUGCCACUUGUACAUCAGUUUCCGUGUGAGAACAUCGCAUGAGAACAUGAAAUUAAGAUCAAUAGCCGCUGUCAAUUGGAUCGAGAGAGGUUUGCUUGUUCGAACAGAAGAUAGUUUUAUUGGGAAGUACUCUGGAUCUUAGUGAUAGUAGGAGGAGGAGAGGAUGGACGGUUUCACGAAGCAACCGCCGACGUUACUCUGCUGUAUCUUCUCUCUCUCUCCUUUCGCUGUCUAACAACUUUUCGGACCCCCUCUGGCAGUUUGUUGCGGAUCUCCAUCUGCGUUUCGUGUUCGUUUUCUGUGGUUACAUUUGAAUCCGUUGAGUUUUGCCUUCAUCCUCGGAGUCACAUUCAAUUGGGAGGAACAAUAACGAAUGCCCUCCGGUAUCAGCGUUGUAAGACGUUUUCCAUAGCAAUGAGGUCUUUCUCAAUCACUGUGGGCUCAGAUUGAUUUCAUGCCCCAACCUGGAAUCUUUCGAGCUCACACCUUGAUGCCGAAUCUUCAGACAUGCACUGGAUUGGAACGCGUCGGGCAGCAGAGUCAUCUCCGCUGCGAAAACUGAUUCAUUGAAAUUUUUUGGCGUGCAUAGGGAGAACUGGCCUGAAUUCCUUGUAGAAUCCAAUGCUAGAGGAAAAUGGCCUUGAACGAAAUCGAAGAGCCGCCGCACGAUCUGCUGUGAAGAUUAAUCGUUCGAUGCAGAUGUAGAGCGAUAGGACAACUCGUACAAAAUUAGUCUCGGGCAGUGGAGGAUGGUGGUGGGGUGAAAGAUAUGAGGCCGUGUCCCAGCAUUUGGGCUGCACCAAAAUGCGACGCCUAAGACGGCGAAAGAAAAUGAUAGGAAUCAAACAGUUGAUGGCAGUCAAUUGGAAUGCUGGGGCAUCUUCAGUACCCAGUUAUGAAUCCUUCACAAUUCCCUCUCCACACGAUUUUCUGUCAAAAGAAACUCCUGGAAGCAACAUGGAUUCGUCGAGUCUCACUGGUCGGAAAAGACCUGUCAGCGGCGCAGACCAUAUUCACCAGGAAUCCUCGACGUUUGAAACGCAGCUACAGCAUGCGCUCGGGAAGCGUUGUGACAUUGAUGUAGUGUCUGCCAGCCAGCAACCCCUGGAUGGAUGCGUGGAGUCUGCGCGACUUUUGCAGCAAGCGCCCAGUAUUGGUGUGAAACAAAUAGUAGUUAAAUUGUCAGAUUGUGUAAAGCAAACGGCAUCCACUUCAGCGGAGUCCACCGUCCAUCGCUGUGAGCCUGUAAAGGACACAGGGAUGGAAGAAAAGUUCCAACAUGAGACGCACCGGGCGGCCUGGAACAAUGCUACAGCUUGCACAGACACAAGGCAGAGCAAUCACGCCCAAAAUUGCAAACAUCCAGAUUCACAGGCAUGUCCUCAGAACGUCAAAGUCACACCAACUGUCCCAGUUCUCCACCAAGCUCUUCAACCUCCCGGAGAGAGAUGGCCAAAGGACCCUGCAGAAGUUCCACAGAAAGAGACUAGAUCUGGUCCAUCUACUGGUGGAGAUGAUUCAAGCAACCUUCCUUCAAAUGAAGAGAGCUGCUGCGUGAAAGAUUCCAGCAGCGGGCAGGCAAGAAGCGGCUUUGAACACGGCUUACCUGGUCGAAGUGAUGGCUGUAGUUUCUCUUAUGCCUCAAAUUCCAGCUGGAUGGAGUCGAAUAACGCUUGCAGGAGUUGCCUCGCCACAUUGCCCAUGAACAACCAAGCUGUGAGUAGAUGCCAUGCGUGUGUGGGCACCAGAUUCCCGACCCUCUGCAACUUCCGGCGCGGCGUUCCGAGGGAUGUUCGCUAUUUUGUAGAGCGUGCGUCACUGGGUCAAUUGAAGUGCUACCCGAGUAGGAUUGAACCACCGGCCUGUUGCCAGAGGAUGGACUUUGAAGCCGGAGUGCAGCCACCAGUUAUGUAUGACGCACAAGCCAUUAAGCAGCCUGGUUUAGAUGUUCAUCUGCGAUCACCCGUGCGCGGUAGUGUAGUCAUCCCAUCAGGAACAGGCGACGGGCAUACAUUUGGAACGCAUUACAUCCCUGGAGAUGAUAUGUUGAUGUGUCCAGCUCCAUGGGUUCACAACAGCAGAAUCUUUCCAGGUGUUCCUGCAAUGUGUGUGAGUCAGCCCCCAAAGUUCCAUUCAGUGGGAGUAAAUUAUACGUCAGAGACAAGUAAGAAGGAUCACACCAGCCAGCCAAAACAAAACCAAGACAAGUUGGAGGCUGAACCUCACCUGCCCGAGAUGCCAGACCCAGUUUACCCUCCAGCUCAUUGCAACAAUCAAACGUCCAGCUUCGUAACUGAUCUGGAUAUGAACACACAACGUCAGCUUGAGGAGCAAAUCGCCCAUGAAAUUCUGGUCCUGAGUCAAAAGCUGGCGAAUUUGCAGGCAAGGUAUGGAACCAGGCGCCCUGUCCACAACAACUCUAAGCCCGCCGUACUUAGCUGUCCGCAGACCCCUCUCUUGUUGGAUAACACUCAAGGAUCUCGGAGGGAUGUUAAGACUUGCAAACCCCGGGCUCCAACCGCUGGUCAAUGUGUAAAAGGCGAAGAGGCUGUUCAUCCACAACCUGGAAUGUCUACUUCCAGAUAUACCCACAGGCAGCAGCCAGACUCCAGGUGCCCCGCCGAGGAUAGGAAGCUUGCAAAUAGAACCAGCGGAAGUACUAACAAGAGAGGAACCUCUACCGCGAGGCAACUCUCGAACAGGGGAAAUGACUCUGGAGCCUCGGUUUCAUUUAAUCUCCACAGUUUGAUUUCCCCACGUUGUAAAGCUGCGUCAGGAAACAGCACAGCCGGAUCGCGGGCCAGCUCAACUUACUACGGAUGUCCGCAUGGUGCUACUGAAACAGGCCCGGUACAAAAAGUCUUGAGUGAAGGAGUUGAAUGUGGAAAAUUAUCGAACAAGAAGUCCAGGACAAUUGCUAGUCCUUACAGGAAAAGAGUAGAAAUUCCCACAGAGGAGGUCGUUGAGGAAUGCUCUUACUCAGAUGAUAUGCAGGAUCAUUUGAGAACUGAUGGAGCAGAUAUGGAGGGUUACCCGAAUGGCAGCAAACGGUUUGAUUGGGUGAAAACACUUCGGUUCGGAGGUGCUGGUGUACGUGGAGAACUGGGAUGUGCUGAUUUUGCUUCAGAAGUGAACGGUAAGUCAUCGUCGUCUCAGAAAGAGUUCGCAGAAGUAGACCCCGAGACGUGGUUGCGGGAUAGUGGUGAACAUGAGUGUUAUCAUGCGAGAAAUGGAGCAAUACCGCCGUCAAAGACCAAGUCGGUGCAAGAUGGCAGGGUUUCAUCGGAUUCAGCACAUAUCGAAACAUAUUCACAGUGUCAGACAGAUGUAGAGCAUGACAGAAAUGAUCACAAUGAGAACAGACAGAAGAGGAGGUUGGAUAGAAGCAUUAAGACUAGUAAGAGGACUCCCUCUCCUUCUCCCGACGCUCAUGCUCACUAUGAUGAAGUUGGGGGAUUGGACUCUAGACUAGCGCACCAUUUGGUCAAAGCUGGGUUGAGAAGAGCACCUUCGUUUUGGAGAGUGCCAGGAAUAAGCCGUGUCCCGAGCAAUCCGAGGAACUUGAAAAAGAAGAAAAAGAAGAAGAAGACGACGUUUAGAUCUCAGAGUCCAACAAAAGAUGGUGGGAGGCGAUGUCGGAGGAAAACGUUGUUUGACUCGACUCCACUGGUAAACCCAAAUCCCGCACAAGCGCUUGCGCCCGAGGAAAUUUUUGGUGGAAGGAGGGAUGAUGAAAACCACUUAUGGAGAUUCAAAGAGGAGAAGCAAACGCCAAGAGAAUGUGACCAUGCAGUAGACGGGCAAUGGCACAAAAAGAAUGCAGAUUAUGAAGCCGAAUACGAGACAUUUGUGGAGAACACUGAUGUUAGACUGCAUGAGAAUCUUGAAAACGAGUACACUUCAGUGGUAAACAGAGAAGCCCCAACAAUCACCAGCCAUAGAGAAGAAGAUGAACAGAGGCGAAGAAUUCCAUUCAGCAUGCCUACACAGAGGAAAACUUUACUUUCAGAGGUGCUGCCUGCCAGGGCAUUAAGAUGGCUAAGGAGCAAGCCAUUUGGAAUCCCAAAGAAACAACAGGAAAAUGUAGCAGGAAUAAGCUUGACCACAGAGAGUCGAGCGCCGUGGCUCUGA